AUGGUCAACGUCACCUACACAGUUGCGAGCCAUGAUAUCUCCACCACCACCUCGGAUGGCACCGAGGUCAUCUACAACCUUGGUGACAUGGCGUGGGUCAUCACUGCUACAGCUCUCGUCUGGAUCAUGAUCCCUGGACUAGGCUUCUUCUACGGCGGUCUCCUGCGACGCAAAAACGCCCUCAGCAUGCUCUGGAUGUCCCUCGUCGUGUCGUCCAUCGUCUUCUUCCAGUGGUUCUUCUGGGGCUUCUCUCUGAGCUUCUCGCAGACAUCAAGCAACAGCUUCAUCGGCAACCUCGCCUAUUUCGGCUUCAUGAACGUAGACAUCGAGCCCUCUUCGGGCGGAGCCACCAUUCCUCAGCUCCUCUACGCCCUCUACCAGGGCAUGUUCGCCGCCAUCACUCCCGUAAUCGCCUGCGGCGCAUUCGCCGAUCGUGCUCGCAUGCUGCCCGUCAUGAUCUUCGUCUUCUGCUGGUCGACGAUCGUCUACAACCCCAUUGCGUACGGCACUUGGAACGUGGGCCAUGGCUGGAUGAACAACCUCGGUGGGCUGGAUUUUGCAGGUGGGAGCCCAGUGCACAUCUCGAGCGGUACGGCAGCACUCGCCAUCUCCAUCUUCCUCGGACGUCGCAAGGGAUACGGGACUGAGGCGUUGGCUUACCGCCCGCACAACGUCACCUACGUCGUGCUCGGCACAGCGCUCCUCUGGUUCGGAUGGAACGGCUUCAAUGGUGGAAGCGCAAUCGGCGCCAACUUGCGAGCUGUCAUGGCCAUGACUGUUACCAACAUCUCGGCCUCCGUAGGCGGCCUCACCUGGAUGCUCUGGGACUACCGUCUCGAGCGACGCUGGUCCGCCGUUGGCUUCUGCAGUGGUGCCAUUGCGGGGCUCGUCGCUAUUACGCCUGGGUCCGGUUAUGUCGGUGCACCAGCUGCCGUCGCCUUUGGUGUUGUAGGAGCCACAGCCUCCAAUUGGGCUACGGCGAUCAAGGGUCUGCUUGCCAUCGACGACACAGUCGACGCUUUUGCAGCUCACGCCAUCGGCGGACUCACGGGCAACAUCCUCACAGCCUUCUUCGCCGACAGCCGUGUCGCUUCCUUCGACGGAUCGGCUCCCAUCGCCGGGGGCUGGAUCAACCACCACUGGGUUCAGCUUGGCUACCAGCUGGCAGACUCGGCCUUCACGCUCGGCUGGUCCUUUGUUGUCACCAUGAUCCUCCUCUUCGCCAUCGAUCGCAUCCCGGGCUGUCACUUCCGCGCUUCAGACGAGGACGAGGCUGUUGGGAUGGAUCUGGCGCAGGUAGGCGAGCCGGCUUACGUGCUCCUCGACUCGGCAUGGCACUCUUCGGACGACAUCGACGUCGAAGGGGCGGCCGAGGCUCGUCCGACCACCAAAAUGGCUGGCGACAUGGCUUCUUCACCCUCGAGUGUGCACGCUGCUGAGAAGGGCGCUGAGAGCGACUCGCCGGACGAAAGCGUCCAGGCUACUACUUCUCCUAUGCCGGCUCUUGCUCACUCUUGA